CUUUCAUUCAAAGAAAAUGCAAGGGGCUGUUUCCAGCAGAAUCCAAAGACAUUUAAAGUGAUUGUUGAUAAGAAAACAAUUCCAUAAAUGUUUCACGUCAUGCACAUCCAUUCAUUAUAUAGCUUCCAAUGUGUCAGUUUGAAAUGUAUUUUUAUUUAUUAUAUCUACUACUAAACUAUUUGAAGAAAUCUCUUGUAUGCUUUUUGUUCAGCCAGUCUUUCACUUUCAGGGCUAUUUCACCUGGAGAGUGAAAUUGUCUCCACCCCUCAGCAACUCCCAUCUUUCCUGUCAGUACCAACCAGUUCCUCUAGACACUGUUACACUUUGCAGCCAGCAAGAUGCUUGUUCCAGAGACACAGUUUAUGGGAAAUACCACAAGAAGUGCAAGGGUUUCCUGGGAGGCACGACAAGUUAACUGAUAACAUAUUGGAAAAUACAGGAAUAAUGAUGACGUCCCUUCAGUCGAAUCUGCAAACAAUGGUAAAAGUGUUCAGAAGAGAAUGUCACAGAGUUUUGGAGUCUCAUAGGACUACUAUCUGUGGUGCAGAUGAGAUGCUUAUGGUCUUACAGCUGUCUAUGGCAGAAAUAAACAAAGAGGAAAAUGGAGAAUUUACAGUUUUGCUGAGUAAUCUACUUGUAACCUGGAAACACCUGAUAAAUGAUAAACUGCACCUGCUGCAUGAAACUUUGGUUGCUCCAGAGAAUUACAGUGCUAUAAGGAAAAUGUAUAAUUCUUUCCUGAAGAGCAGUAAUAUGGUAGAUUUAAUUGAUGUCUAUGGAAUGUAUGAUACACUUAAAACGGAAAGAGACUGUGAAGAAUUGCUCACACCUGUGCAGCUAUUCGAGUUUCUCUCUGGAAAUUCAGAUUCUUGUAAUGUGGCUGAUGUUGUCAUUACUCCAGUUCUGGCAACACCAUCCAACAGGCAAAGUCAGAAAAAUUCAAAGUUGCCGACAGUGGUAAAAAGGUUAAUCUGUGCAUAUUUAAAGUUGUUGGUGAACUCCAAGAAUGAUCUGGCCUUGGCCCAUGUGCUAAACGUUCCAGACCGAGGUCUUGGAAGGGACGCUUUUACUGAUCUAAAGCAUGCAGCACGCAGCACACAGACGUCCCUUUUUUUGGCUGCAACAUCAUUCAUCAGAGCCAUACAACUUGGCGGAAAAGGUUAUGCCCCUUCAGAGACAGAUCCACUAAGGAAGCAUUUAAAAGGGCUUUCAGACUUUGUUCACUUCACAGACAACUUAGAAGAACUACUUGGAGAACUUCCUGACCCAAGCUUUGCAGGGAGUCGGAUCAUGUCCACAAUUAAGGCACGCUUUCUAAAAGGCAGAAGCAGUGAGGAUCCCCUCUGUGCAGCAGCAGAGGAAACGGUACAAGAGCUGAGACUAAGAAUUAAGAAUAUCAUCCAUUCUCAAAAAGAAGCGAUCAAUGCAAGCACCAUCGGUAUUAGCCCUGCCCGGCCCAAAUUUUAUGCCAUAAACCAUUCCACAGCAUAUGGUGGUAGAGAGACUGUAAAGGUCAUACUUCACUUGUUGGAUGAAGAGGCAACAAGUCCACCAAGUAGAAACAAAGCUGACUUGCUGUACGGGGAUGAGGGUGAAAUGGCUGAGGCUGGAGCAGCCUGCGUCUUAACGCUAUUUAGGUCCCCUGAGCCAUCAACUGGGUCAUCUCCAAAGUCACUCCGAUAUCGUGUGCUAGAGCAUGAGGGGAAAACAACACCAAAGGCAAAAGGGAAUCCAAUUAGAUCACAAUUUGCCUGCACGUACCGUGAUGAUCCCCUUGUAAACAAAAAUCUGCUGCAGUUCCCAAGUCUUAGUCAAGUGCCAACCUGUGUCCAUCCUGCGCCUAAAAGAACUCUGGUUCCAGUUAUCUGCUUUGACGAUGAACCUUCAACAGACACAACAUCAAUUGCAGCAAAUGCAACUGAGAAUGAAGCUCUAAUAACAAAGGGAAAGAGACCUGUGUUUGGCUCCACUUCUGGAAAUAUUCAGCAGAAAGGAAACUCAAGGAAAAAGGGCAGUGGAAGUGCAAAUGGUCAGCCAGGAAACAAGAGCUGCAAGAGGAAACAGGUGUGUGUAAACAGUGAAAAUGGUAACUGCAGUCAUGAAAAUGAGCCACCUAAAAAGAGAGUAGCCGGGGGACCCAAGGUAUCGGAUAAACCGCAUAAUAAAUUGGACUGCAAAACAGGAGCACCAGGGAAAGGCAGCAAGGCCGUGGCCAAGAAAAAGUUGAUUGCAGGCCAGGGAAAGCUAACAAACUUUUUCAGAUUGUGACACUGUAUCUGUGGGCUGUACUUGCAUCAAAUCAAGCAUGUCGGAUUCCAUCAUGGUUUAGAGCUUUAUACAACACUGCAAGAAAAGUGGCAAAGCAAAACCUACUGGUUUACAUCUAGUAGUCGUUCAUAGCUAGUUGGUUGAUCUUUUCAACUUCCACAGCAAGGCUGCUGUUUUUUGUUGUUGU